AAAAACAAACGCAGCCAGGAAAAGAUAACCACUGUCUGGAAAUCUUCAUGGUUUUUCCCGGGGAAAAUAAAAUUUGAAAAAGUUUAUUUUGGAAAUGAUUAAGUCCUUCACAAGUAAGAUAAAAACAUUUGUGUUUAGUGACAGAUCAGGAGAUAAUAAUGUGACAGAGGGCCGCAAACGGAAAAGGGAUAUAAGCGAAGGAGAGGAGGAGGAUGUUAUUGUCACCUCAGUGAAACGGGCUCGAAAAGUCGGACCCCACACCUCGGCGCUGAACUAUUUCAACACAUUAAUCGUCAACCCCUAUCAGAAGAUGGCUGAGUGGAUGCAGCGGAGGAAGCCGUGGUCAGAGCAUUAUUUCUUCAAGAGGGCCCUCAGCAAGGACGAGGCACCCAACAGGGACCCAGGAAUUGUCCAUUCAACAACAGAGGAUCCUCUAACAGUCGGCAAUCCACCAGCGAUGACAAAGCACGUCGUGGGAGUGACGGACGGGUUCAAACUACCGAGGGAGGGAGUGAAAUUGACAGGAAACGGACACCAGAGUCACAAUCUUCCUGUUGGGGUACCAGAUGUGGCGGCCCGAUGGACUGAGGAUAGACAUACAUCAAAUCUGACAUCACAUCCCGCUCCCAUGAGAUCCCCCACUCAGUCAAAUUCCAACACAGUGCCAUCUCUAAGUCAGUCCAAUCACACAUCUACCUCAGUCCAGACCGACCACUCAGAUCUGUGGCUCAAGGUCAGAGAAUGCGAUGUAGCUCGAUUGAGUCACCAUAGCGAUAAAUCCCUGUUUAGCCGUCCACCCAGACAGACGUUCACAGCUAUAGAGUGUGUACGACUUGAUGAGAAGAAGAAGUACCAACAGCUGCUACAGCAGUUUACGAAGUUUCCCCAAGAGAAGUCGUCACGCUCUCCUGACGGACUGGGUGCUUCUCAUCUAUUGCAUUAUGGUUCCAGAACUGAAGGCAGUCUAUCAGGCAGCAAUUCCUCCAUAGAGUUAUGUUCUGUUGGUCGACAGCCGAGUGUACGUAGACAGAAAGUAGUUCCCACACAGAAAACACGUAUUCCUACACCACCCCGAAACACAGACUAUGAUCACCAGAGGUCUCCACGGCAACACUCAACCGUGUCACAUCGGCAGUCAUUGGUUUCUGAGCGAUGGGACUCGAUUUCUGAGAGACAUGAUAAAUCCGAGAGCGAGGAAGACGUGAUUUGUCUCAGCGAUGAAGGAGGGGAGGAUGUUAUUUGUCUUCUGGAUGACGAUAUGCCAGUCGGGAAUGGCAGAACCCCGGUCAGAUCACAGCUGGACUCUUCAAGGACCUCGGAGUCCAGGCAUUCACGUGUUUCCGCACACCGAAGUCCAGGCAGUCCAGACUUUCAGUCCAGUAAAUACCUCUCAGAGGAAUGGAUGUUAAAUCUGGAGCGUCAGUUUUCCCGUGCAAACCGAGAAGCCCAGCGGAAGAUAGAGGAAACUGAAAUAAAAAAGAAAUUUUAUGAAGAAAAGCAUCUGAAGAAAGACCUGUUGUUGGAGAGGCAGGUACGACAAAGACUACGAUUAUACGAUGCUGAGCCGGCGGCGGUCGAGGAUUUAGAGGUGGAAGAGGAGGAGGAGGAGCAAGAAGAAACAUUCCCAGAAUUAACGGAUGAGAUGCUUCAGGUUGUCAACGAUGCAUUAAGACCCCAGCCGGCCGACGAAGUCCUCGUGGAAGGUUACAAGUUACAGAUACGUCGCCACGACAUGGAGUCACUCGCCGGGCUCAACUGGCUGAAUGAUGAGAUCAUCAACUUCUACAUGAAUCAGCUGGUGGAACGCGGGGAGACGGAAGGAAAACCCAAAGUCUACGCCUUCAACACCUUCUUCUACCCCAAGGUUAUGAGUCAAGGUCACAGCUCGGUCAAGCGCUGGACAAGACGAGUGGACAUUUUUUCCAAAGAUUACAUCCUGAUUCCUGUUCAUUUGGGCAUGCACUGGUGUCUAGCGGUGAUUGACUUCAAAAAGAAAAUGAUUCGGUACUUUGACUCAAUGGGAGGAAAUAAUAUGGCCUGCCUAAAUGCUCUAAAGGAAUACCUGUGUGCUGAGAGUCUAGACAAAAAGAAACAAAAGUUCGACCUCACAGAUUGGAAAACAAAAAUUGUGAAGGACAUCCCCCAGCAGAUGAAUGGAAGUGAUUGUGGAAUGUUCACAUGUAAAUUUGCUGAAUACAUAACACGAGAGGCAGAUAUCAACUUUACACAGGAACACAUGCCGUACUUUCGCAAGAGAAUGGUUUACGAGAUUGUGAGGAAGAAGUUACUUCAAUGAUACUCCUAAUCUGGAUGUCUAUUUACAACAUCUCCCGACAUGAAAAUAAAAUGAAAGAAAAAUGAAGAGGAAGUUAUCAAAGAAGAUGAGACUUAAAUAGAAGUCCAUUCAUAAUGAAAAUUCAAACAUUCUUUUGGUUUGAAGACAUGGGAAUUUCUUGAAAAUAACGUUAAAAUGUUAUUGAAAGGAAUUGUAGAUCUACUGGAAAUCUUUUCCUUCAAUCAAUAUUUUAUUGAAAAGGGAGAGAGAACUCUUUAAAUUGACUUGUAAUUCAUACUUGAUUGAUGUUGAGAACCGGUCAUAUUAGAACUACCUUGAAAUGCGUCCAGAGGGAAGACAGGUUCAGAGAACUGGUAGUGCCAGGCUUAUUUCCCUUGACAAUCCUUGUCUCAGCUUUAUGGCUUAGUGGUAAGAUUGUUCUCUCGGCAUUAAAUGUCUGUUCACAAGAAUCCACCAAUAUGAGUAUUGGAUAACAGUGGAGCUGAACAUACACAACACUGGCUUAAAAUGUGAAAGAGAUCGGGGUUGAAAUCAAGUUACUUUUUGAAGUUAAAAAAGACUUGAAUAUAUACUUGAACCUAUCUUGGAAAUAACUGAAAAAGGGGCUUGAUUUGUGCCUGCUUCUUGAAACUGGAGGAAAUGUCCAUACUGUACUCCAAGCGAUAAUAUGUUGGCAAACAGACCUGGCCAGUUGAAAAUCACUUGAAUAUGACUUGAGAUCUGUGAUUCGAUAUUUACAGAGUCCUGAAGUGGAGCACUAAUUGAGAAUGACGAACUAUUUUACUGUAAAACUGACACAGUGUUUUAGCACAACAUGGAAAAUUGACAUCGAGUCUUGUUUGUUUUCUGUACAUACUGAAUAUUGACGAUAAAUGUGGACUUCUAAGGAGUCACGGAUUAUGUUGUUUUUCUGAGGAAGUGAACUGUUCAGCAUGUAAAUAAUAAAUAUUGUGUGAUUUA